GGAAUACUGGCCGAGUCAGCAGUUUUAUUAUUGGGAUGUAAACCUGAAUAUUGCCUGCUUAUCUAUCCUGGGGUACCUUCGUAAGUUGGAACACAAGUUCACAUCCUCAACCGUUGCUAGCUCUCUCGCAUACUGAUACCUGUACGUCUUAGUUCUAAUGGCUGGGGGCCUGGAGCUAUGGAGAUGACCCAAGGGCGCCCUAGGAAGCGGCAUCGUAUCGCGGAUUGCGUUGAUGAUGCAAACUGCGGAGGAUCACGGCAAGCAUUUAGCAACGGUAGCACUAAGUUGCUGUGUCCCGCGGUAGCCGUGCUGCUGCGCAAUGUUGACCGCCACGCGGCGGUGCUGCUGCGCCUUGCUGCCAGCCAGCAGCAGCAGCAGGGCAGUCCUCAGCUCCUCGGUGUGGGUCCCGCUCGCAUGGGCCCCACGGCUCCACAAGCCGGGCUGGGAGAGUCGCAACAACAGUUCCCAACCCCUGCGGCUGCGGUGCAAGCUGCUUCAGGGGCCACCGGGGCUGCCGAGGACGACAUGGGCCGCGGAAUGUUGGCGUCUCAAGUUGAGGCUGCGUUGGCACGGGGUAACAGAAUUUUGUGGAGGCCGGAGGAUGUCAAGGUCAUGUUGGCCCACCUUGCAACCCUGCCGCCUGGCCCGAACGUGCAGCGCGAGGAAGCUGUGAAGAAGCUGGGUUUGGCGCAUCUGCCGGACCCUAAAAGAAAGCUUCGCAGGGCGGUCUGCGGGAAGCUAGAAAAAUUGCGAAACUUGUUGGCGAAUGGCGAAAACCCGCUGGAAGUGCGUUGCUGGCUCCGCAUGCCCCGAGGGACCUACAGCAUCCGGGCCUGGCUGCGGCGUGCGUUCAUGGCCCUUCCCAACCAGGAGGGGACCAGUUCGGAUGCUGCAGCAGUCCUGGAGGCAGACCCGGAGAUAUCACCGAAGCUGGACAGAAGGCCAGAACGACGCUACCCGAAGAUAGCCAAAUGGCACGCCUACGUGCAACGCCAGUUGCUAGAGUACCCGGAGUUCGUUUUUACGGGUCGGAAGCAGGGCAGGAGCAAGAUAUACCGCUACGAAUCACAGGUUGCUCAGGCGCUAGACGAGCGCCCCGCCAAGACUCGCAAGCGGGGCCUCCAGGGUGUGCCGCACCUGGGGAAGCACAACAAUUGAUGAGCUGCAACGCCGCCGCGGUCGCAGUGCAGCUGCGCCGAACCAACAGGGCCAUCUUAGAGAGAAGGGUGUUUGUGUGGAAGCUGCCGCAUGCAUGCGCCUCAGCUGCUAACGCGGAUAGCAAGCCUCGAAAUGCGGCACCUUUACUCGUGUGGAUGUGUGCUGUACCGGAUGAUGGCCACCGCACCUAGGUGUCUAGCAGCGCGGGACCCGCAUGCAACCCAGGAAGCUGUCGUGGGUAUUUACUUGUGUGGGAGCCCCUUUCAAUGACGGGUCCCGUAAGGCCCAUGAUGCUCAAAAGCGACCGACUGCCCUUUACGUAUUUCAGCCUUCCGAUUUCGGUGCGUCGCCAAUCAUGACCCAUGGGUCAAUGGAAUCCGUGCCUGCUCUUGUAACGUGCAUUAGGGCGGA